AAAAUAUGAAGCGAAAGCCGAAGAGCAAAGAGCAGAAAUUUUCAAGAUGGCUACCUCUAAAUGACCGUGUAUGAUGCUUGCAGAAAAGAUAGCAUGUCUUUGCAAGUUAGAAUAUCCUAAAACUAGCUAGGUAACUACGCAGUCUAGAAUUAGACCAAUAUGUCUUUCGCAGCAAAAGGUGUUAGAAUAUUGUUGGUUGGCGACGAUGGUGUUGGUAAAACAUCGCUGAUCUUAUCUCUUGUCACUGAAGAGUUUCCUGAAGAUGUUCCUCCGAGAGCUGAAGAGAUAACAAUACCAGCCGAUGUGACUCCUGAAAAAGUUCCUACCCACAUUGUUGACUUUUCUAAUGCUGAUCAAACAGAGGAUGAGUUGAGAGCUGAACUUGAACUGGCGGAUGUUGUUUGUGUUGUCUAUGCUUGCAACGAUGAGGAAUCUGUGGCACGAAUUACAUCAUACUGGCUACCUGUUGUGUUUGAAGUAUGCAGUGAUCACAGAAAACCUGUGGUAUUAGUUGGAAACAAAUCAGAUCUUGUUGAAACUGAAGGUGCAAUCAUGAACGAACUUCUAGGUAUCAUGGAUGAAUAUCCUGAAGUAGAAACUUGUAUUGAGUGUUCAGCAUAUGAUUUAAAAAACAUAUCGGAAUUGUUUUACUAUGCACAGAAGGCAGUGUUGCAUCCCACUGCACCAUUAUAUUCUCAUGACGAGCAACAGCUUACAGAAAAGUGCCAAGAAGGAUUGAUCAGAAUUUUUAAGAUAUGUGAUUUGGACAAUGAUGGUGUUCUAAAUGAUCUUGAGUUAAAUGAGUUUCAGAAACGAUGUUUUAGAAAUUCUCUUCCAACACAUGGGUUACAAGAAGUUAAAAAUAUCGUUCAGCGGAACAUGGAUGAAGGUGUUACUGAUGUUGGAGUAACUCUCCCAGGUUUUUUGUUUCUCCACACAUUAUUUAUACAAAAGGGUAGACAAGAAACCACAUGGACUGCACUUAGGCGAUUUGGGUAUGGAGAUAAUUUAGAAAUAAAAGAAGACUAUCUUGUACCAACAUUACAUAUUGCUCCAGACAGCUCUGUAGAGUUAUCAUCAACUGGAUUAGAUUUUGUUAUGGAAUUAUUUUACAAGUAUGAUCAGGAUGAAGAUGAUGCAUUAUCUCCAGAAGAAUUACAGAAUCUGGUAAGCUUGUGUCCACAAAAUCCCUGGUCUCAAGUAGACUUUACUGCUACUUGUUGCAAUGAUCAAGGUUGGAUAACAGCUGAAGGUUUUGUUGCUCAGUGGAUUUUGUGGUCAUACAUGGAUUACACGUGGACAUUAACACAGCUUGCAUAUUUUGGAUUUAUUCAUGAUGAUUUAGAGAAUCAGCUGACUGGACUUAGAGUUACAAGAAGCAAAGACGUUGAUCAUCAAAAGCGCAAAACCACUCGUAGUGUAUUUUUAGCUUAUGUUGUUGGUCCACCUGGUGUUGGGAAGACAAGUUUUCUUCAAAGUUUUCUUAACAAAAACAUUAGUGAUAACAAAGAAAUAAAACAAUUUUCAAAGUACUCAAUUAAUUCGGUUCAACUUAGAAAGCACGAAGUUCAUGUGAUUUUGGAGGAAAUUCCCUUCGAAUUAGCUGAAGAGAAGUUGCUGGCACAAAAACAUGACACGACGUGCUAUUUAUAUGAUGUGACAGACACAAACUCUUUCGCAAAAAUUGCGGAACUCCAUAAAAAAAUAAAUUUAGACAAAACUCCUUCAAUAUUUAUUGGAACAAAAUCUGAUUUAUCCACUGUAAAGCAGAAUUUUGAAGUACCUCCCAAUGAAUAUGCAUUUAAAAAUUCUCCUUUUCAAUUGCAAUUUUUUAGCUCCCUAGAAAAUAAUAUAAAGUACAAAAAUGUGUAUACAAAGAUCGCAACUUUGGCCAAUCACACAGGAGGAAGUUAUAGUUCUGAAACAUCUGUUAUGAAAUUAGCAUUAACUGUUGGCCUGUCAAUUACAGUAUUGGCUGGAGUAGGAUUCAUAGCAUACCGUUAUUUAAGAAAAGGAGCUUCAAAUACUAGUUGAUUAUUGGUGUCAUUAAAAAGGAGCCUAAAAGUCGGUGUUAAAAUUAUCAUGUUCUGAAUCAUGUAGCAGUUCUCAACAAAGAGAUAUGUUUGUUAAGCAA